GUCAGCCUCCGAUAAGAAUGAUUGGUUGUGCUGUGUGGAGCUCAGAGAUCAACAGCCUCCAGACUGUGGUCACAGACCAUCAUUCAACAACCAUCCAGACUACCUGUCGAUCAGCUCCACCAGCCACACCUUUCUGGACCAGUAUCCAGCUCUCCAAGCCUCUUCUCAGUCAUGGCGUCUCCACGGUGGUCUACCUCCAUGCUGUUGGCUUCACUGAUCCUUCUUCUUUACUGGACGACCUCCUCUGCUCGGUCACAUGACUCCACCUCCACCGACCUGUCUCCACCACACAGGGUAAGAAGAGCCCUGCCUUUCCGUACCAGAGAGGAGGUAGCAGCAUCUAUGCAGACUGCAAAAGAUGUUCUGAAUUUCAUCAACGACAGGAUUGGAAAGAAAAACAUUGAAACGUUGUCAAGUGUGUUGAAGGGGAUCUCCAAUAUCGCCAGCACGGCACCCGUCAUCGGAGGUCUGGUAUCAUCCAUUGUCAAUGUGGUUUUGGCCUUUGUCCCUCAAGAAAACCCUCUGAAGGAGCUGAGAGAAGGGUUUGCUGAGGUGAACAGGAAACUGGACUCUCUCUCCCUCCAGAUCUCCAACCUAGCAACAGAUGUAGAAUGGUUCAACUACGCCAGCGUCUAUUCUCAAGACGAGGUCCGCAUCCUCAACGCCUGGAAGAAGUUUGACGAGUUCCGUGAGAACAGUGGGUUGGUAAACACUGCUGAAGACAAACUCCGACUGGCAGAGAUAUUCACCAACUACUAUGAGAACACAGCAGUUGAGGCCAGUGUGGCCAACCUCUACCAUUACCUGACAGUCAGCAGCACGUCUCUGAGUGGAAACCUCAACAACCUGCUGAAGAAGAAGUUUAAAUGUAACAUUGGUGAGAUUGGUAAAUAUAACAUAUAUUUCAGCAGCUUGCUGUGGAGGGGGAUGGUACUCAAUCAGCUCUACUGGGAUCUGAUUGGUUUUAGCUCAUCAAGAAAACAAGCUGUACAAACUGAGAUGUUCAAGACCGUCUCUGAAGCUCAAAUAUCAGCUGUGAAGUUCUGUCUGAAAAACUAUACACAGUACUUGGAGAAGGAUGUGGAGGAGAUCAGCAAAGCAAUGAGUCCUGAUAACAAAACCGCCAUCGCUGAUCAGGUGAAAACAUUUCUGGACAAGAAGUACAACUGGUAUAACUGGGUGGUGCUGGUGUACAACACAGACCAGAAGUCAAAUUUCAUCUUGUAUAAUAUGAAGGAGUUCCAUUCAGCUAAAGUCACUGUGGCUGUCAGCCCCACCCUGAAAGCAGACAAGUUAUUAGAAGAUCAUCUGAAGGAGCUUGGCAAUGACUGUUUUGUACGUAAACAAUGUGAUCAAGUGUCAGAGCUAGAAAAACAAUGUGUCCGUUUCUUUGAUGUGUCUGGGCAAAGAUUACGUCUACGAAUCACAGACUUUGUCAAAGUGACACAUGUCACCUAUGGGGACGACUUUGCUCAGUUCCCAGAACCAUUUCAUACAGCUAAAUGUCAGAGGGGUUCCAGUACAUGGGGUGAACUUAGACAUAAGAUUUCAAUGUACUUCUCCCAGAGCUUGAGUGUCUGCAGUCAGGGAUGUGACAAUGGAGGAAAGUGUGAGAGGCUGCUGGACUCCAAUGAUUGGCUGUGUGAGUGCCCAGAUGGUUUCUAUGGAGACAGAUGUGAAAAGGAAUUCGACAUCAGGAACGACUCAGAGACCGAUUUACAACAUCCUGUGCCUGACAUCAGCACCCUUGAUGUCAAACUGGACAAGAUGGAGUCCAAACUGCAGGAGAUUCUCAACAAGCUUAAUGAGCGAUGUCCCCGUCAGUGAUCAACUGAGGAGAGAAUCAACAAGACAGAUGUGAAGUCACAGAAGGUUUACAAUCAUCUGAAAACAACUAAAGUAAAUUGAUAAUCAAAGAAAUACUCAAUACAUCAGUUAUCAAUCACACAUCCAGGACAGUUUGAUCUGAUCAGAGUUUGUUCAUUCAUCUUGUUCCCAUUGGAUAAAUAACAGAUGUAUACAAGAUGAUCACUUUUGCACAAAAUUCAAAUGGAUUUUUUUUCUGGGAUGAGCGGACUUUUUAACUCAACUAGGAAAGUUAGAGUUUGUGUGGUCGUCAGGUUGUAAAUGUGGAACCAGAGAAAGCUCAGACUCAUCUGAAAAUCAAUAAGCGGAUUAAUAACUGAAUAAAACAUCAGUAAAUCAGUUAUAAUUACAGUCAAUCACAAAUCAUCAUCAUCAUCAUCAUCAUCAUCAUCAUCAUCUCUAUGUGCUUCACCUCUUUGCUCUUGUCUGUGAUUGUAAAAGAAGCAGAUGUCAUGUUAUUAAAAAUCAUCUCCAGCUUCA